AUGUGGGCGCAACGCUUGACGACUUUCGCCUUCUGCGGCACAUCACUAUGCACUUUCUUCUCUAUUAUAAUGGUUGGAUACCUUUUCAACGAUAUCAACCAAUUCUACGUGGAUGUCCUGGUCGAUAUGGAAGAAUUUCAGAAUUAUGCCAACGAUGCUUGGAAAGGCAUGCACUACAACGAAAUACAACAUCAAAGCCAUAAGCUUCGGGACAUGUUUCAACGUCAUAAACGGCAAGCAGACGCUUCAUGUGCAUGUGCCGAAAGAGCCAGUAACUGCCCGGUUGGACCACAAGGUCCCCCCGGAAUGCCAGGACCAGCUGGCGAAGACGGACCACCUGGAGAGAAUGGUAACCCUGGCAUACCUGGAAUUUCCAUCACUAGUACAGGAAGGGGUGGAUGCGUCCAAUGCCCGGUUGGUCCUCCGGGACCUCCUGGACCUGAUGGAACCAUUGGCGCUCCUGGACCAGAUGGUCUCCCCGGUGCCCCGAGUAGCUCAUACGGUCGUGGACAACCAGGACCUCCUGGUCCACCUGGAGAUCAAGGUGCCCCUGGACAGCCGGGGCAACCAGGUGCUCCUGGAAAUCCUGGAGCACCUGGUACCAGAGGACGAGGCCAGCCGGGACCGCAAGGACCUCCUGGACCUCCUGGGUCGUUGGGAGCACCAGGACAACAAGGGGAAAGUGCUUCUGGUGGGACAAUUGGACCACAAGGGCAGCCUGGUCAGGCAGGACGUCCAGGACAGCCAGGAAACGACGGGACUCCUGGAGCACCUGGUGAAGCCGGUUUACCCGGAAGUGAUGCUGCUUAUUGUCCCUGUCCGCCGAGAACUUCUUCGAUUGGCGCAGUUGAACAAAAUCGACAGGUGGCAGUAGACCAGGACAACUAUGCUGCUAUUCCACCUCGAGAUAUGCAAGGAGGAGUAACUGGAGAUUAUGUCAAACGAAGAAGCAUCCUUAGAAAAAAGAAGAUACGCAGAAGACUUUCAAGAAUUGCAUGA